AUGAUGAAAAUGAUUGCCCUCCUCAUGCUGAUGGUUGCUUUCAACGUCGUUUUGUCUCAAGACGAUUAUUUUUAUGAAGAUGAUGAUUUCAAGCUGCUGCCAAUGAAGAAAGGUUUCAUGGACUUCCUGAAGAAGCUUCCACUGGAGGACUUGAAGAACGUUGGCUUGAAGACAGGCGGAGCAGUGGCCGAUGAAAUUUUGGGCCAAAUCGGCAAAAGAGGUUUUCUGAACUUUCUGAAAAAACUACCCCUUGAAGAUUUGAAGAACGUUGGCUUGAAGGCAGGCGGAGCAGUGGCCAAUGAAAUUUUGGGCAAAAUCGGCAAAAGAAGUUUUCUAGACUUCCUUAAGAAGCUGCCGAUCGAAGAUUUGGCCAAUGUUGGCUUGAAGACCGGAGGCGCAAUCAUUGACGAAAUUGGAAAAUAA